GACAGGUCUGCACCCUGCCCUGGGGAACCAUCAUCCUCUCCCAGCUUGGUUGGGCUUCUUCUGCACUCUGUGAUACUGGCUGGGGCUGGGAUUGGAAAGGAGGCUGAUUGAGUGCUGGACUGGUGAUUGACUCUAACUUUUGUUUCCAACUAUAUUGUCUGAAUCAUCGAGAGAUUACAGAGUGUGAAGAUUCAGAACUGUGACAGAUCUGUGGUAGAGACUGAGACUUGGAUCAAGGUAUUUAACUGGGUCUUUUCUGUAACUUGUACUAUGACUGGGGCUGAAGUUGAGCCUGUUGCCCAGGCCAAGCCUGAAAAGAAGCCUGGAGAAGAGGUUGUAGGUGGGGCUGAGAGAGAGAAUGAAGUCCCAAUGGUGGUCAGACCCAAGGUUAGGAACCAGGCAACAUCUGGGGCAAGGUCCAAAACUGAGUCCAAGGCAAUGGUUGGGGCAAGGCCUAAAACUGAGUCACAGACAAUGGCUGGAGCAAGGCCCAGAACAGAGUCACAGCCACUGGCUGGGGCAAGGCCUAAAACUGAAUUCCAGGCAACGGCAGGAGCAAGGCCCAAAACUGAGGCCAGGACAGUAGGCAGGGCACGUCCUAAGACUGAAGCCAAGGCAGUCCCUGGAGCAAGACCCAAAGAUGAAGCCCAAGUUUGGGCUCAGACUGAGUUUGGGGCUGAGGCAAUGUUGCAAGCAGAGGGCAUGCCCCAAACCAAUGCAGUUGCUUGGCCAUUAGUCAAUACUGAAUCUGGGUCAGCCACUAAACCUAUGGCCCUAUCCAUGGAUAGGGAACUGGUCAAUGUGGACAGUGAGACCUUUUCUAGCUCCCAGGUUCAGACAGGAAUCCAACCCUGGUUUGGAUCUGGGGAGGAAACUAGUAUGGGGUCUUGGUGCUAUCCCAGGGCCAAGGCCAGAGAGGAAGCUUCUAGUGAGUCUGGAUUCUGGUCAGCAGAUGAGACCUCUACAAUGUCUUCUUUUUGGGCUGGAGAAGAGGCCAGUAUCAGAUCAUGGCCUAGGGAAGAGGCCAAUACCAGGUCUAGGCACAGGGCCAAACAUCAGCCUAAUCCCAGAUCCAGGCCCAGAUCCAAGCAAGAUCCCUUUAUUGAUUCCUGGUCUGGGUCUGAGGAAGAGUCUGGCAACCCAUUCUGCUUGUGGGCUGGAGAAAAUACCAAUAACUUGUUCAGGUCCAGAGUCAGGGAUGAGGCAAAUAUGAGGUCCAAGCUCCGGACAAAAAGAGAGGACUUUUUUGAAUCUGAGUCUGAAGACGAGUACUAUAAGGAAUCUUGGUUUUUGCCUGAAGAAGAGGCCAAUAGUAGAUUGAGACCCAGAGACAAGGAAGAACCUAAUACUGUCUUGAAGCCCAGGACCCAGAAAGUUGUUAAUAACAGUGACAGGGUCAAACAAGAACCCAGGUUUGAGGAGGAAGUCAUUAUUGGGUCCUGGUUCUGGGCAGAAAAAGAGGCCAGUAUGGAGGCUGGAGCUUCAGCCAUCUGUGAAUCUGAGGCAGGGGCUGAGGAGGGGGCCAUUGGUGGAUCGUUGUUCUGGACUGAGGAAAAGUCCAGUUUGGGAGCUGUGGCCAGAGAAGAGACCAGACCAGAGUCUGAAGAAGAGGCCAUAUUUGGGUCCUGGUUCUGGGACAGGGAUGAGGCCUGCUUUGACUUAAAUCCUCGUCCUGUGUACAAGGCUAGUCCCAGGUUCAGAGAUGCAGCCGAGGAGGAAGUUGAUGUAUCAUCCAGGCCCAAAACCUGGGAAGAGGUCACUGUCGAAUUCAAACCUGGUCCUUGUCAUGGGGUUGGCUUCCCAUCCCCAAGCCCCUUUAGAAUUCCUGAAGAAGCAACAACGUCUGUAUACACUGAACUGUUUGAGGGAAAGCCCAAGAAUGUGGAAGUUACCCCAGAAGGGGAAGAGCAGGAAUCUUUGCUUCAGUCUGAUCAGCCUGAUUCUGAGUUCCCAUUUCAAUAUGAUCCAUCCUACCGGUCAGUCAGGGAAAUUCGGGAGCAUCUUAGGGCCAAGGAGAGUGCACAGCCUGAGAGUUGGUCCUGCAGCUGCAUACAGUGUGAGCUUAAAAUUGGUCCUGAAGAGUUUGAAGAACUCCUCCUAUUAAUGGACAAAAUUCGAGAUCCUUUUAUUCAUGAAAUAUCUAAGAUUGCAAUGGGUAUGAGAACUGCUUCUCAAUUUACUCGUGAUUUCAUUCGCGAUUCAGGUGUUGUCUCACUUAUUGAAACCUUACUCAAUUAUCCCUCCUCCCGAGUUAGGACAAGUUUUCUGGAAAAUAUGAUUCACAUGGCUCCCCCUUACCCAAAUCUGAACAUGAUUGAGACAUUUGUGUGCCAAGUGUGUGAGGAAACCCUUGCUCAUAGCGUGGGUUCCCCUGAGCAGGUGCUUGGGUUAAGGAUGCUUAGACACCUCACCUCAACUACUGACUAUCACACACUGGUUUCCAAUUAUAUGUCUGGAUUUCUUUCCUUAGUAACCACAGGCAAUGCAAGAACAAAGUUUCAUGUUCUGAAAAUGCUAUUGAAUUUGUCUGAAAAUCCCAUGGUGGCAAAAAAACUGUUCAGUGCCAAGGCUCUAUCAAUAUUUGUAGGUCUCUUUAACAUAGAAGAGACAAAUGAUAACAUUCAAAUUGUUAUUAAAAUGUUUCAGAAUAUCAGUAAUAUUAUCAAAAAUGGAACAAUGGCCUUAAUUGAUGAUGAUUUCAGUCUUGAGCCACUUAUUUCUGCAUUCCAUGAAUUUGAGAAGUUAGCUGAGGAACUGCAAGUCCAAAUAAACAAUCAAAGUGAUCCUGAGGUGGGACAGCAAAGCUAAUGCGAUUAUCCACCUGCCUCUGAUCAGCCUUAUGUUCCCAAAGAACCCUGAGUAGUGCUUUGGUUUUCAGUCUGGUUUUAUAUUGUAACUUAUAUUUUAAUGCUGAUGUUAACUAUGUCCAAUUCUUUGUUUGAGCUGGAUCAUUUUGUGGAUGCCAAAUGAUAAUUAGUGCUGAAAAAAUUUGUUGAUAUUUGUCUUGCUGUCCAGAUUGCUGUAUUUUUCAGUAUUGAGCUGCUAGUGAACUGAGCCGCCUGUGUAAGUUACCCUGCUAUUCAUUGUUUAAACAUAUUGUUCUCUAUUCGAGUCAGUGUUUUAAAUAAAGUUCUGUGUGAAAAGUG